AUGACCGCAGGUGGUGUUUCGGUUGCCGAGUCUUUGUCAACUCCGAAUCAACCACAACAACAACAAAACGCAUUACAGACCGAAGAGAGCUCCUUCUCAUGGGAUGAAAUCAAACAUCUCUUGCAAGAUUCUGAUGUGUUUCAAUUGAGCAGCAGAAAGGCUUGGAGUCAAGUCAUCAUGACCAUCGGCUUACUCACUUUGGGUAUUUUCGCUGCUGCUCAAUUUCCUUGGUAUUUGUUGCCUGUGAGUUGGAUUUUCAUUGGUUUAUCUGCUACAGGCUUGAUGGGUGUUGCCUAUGCAUGCAGUGAGAAUAGAUUCUUCAAUCACCGUACCAUGCCUGUAUGGGUCAACGAUUUGGUUGGUGUGAUUUGCAUGUUGCCAUUGUUGUAUCCUUUUGAGACUUUCAAGACCUUGUACAACAAGACGAGCCAAGAACAACAAGAAACAAUGACUAAUGGACCAAACUCUACCGCUGAAGAAGAUGAAGGCUUUAUCAUGAAGACUUUGGUUUUCAUGUUGAAGAGUCCUUUAUGGUUCUUGUCUUCAAUUAUUGAAUGGUUCAGAGCCAAUAUUUAUUUUGAAAGUAAGAGAAGCAUUGUCAUUAAUGCUGUCGUUCUCUAUGCUUUUGCUGCUGCAUUCUUCAGUCUUAUGCUUUACUUUGUUGGAUUGUGGGGCUUGAUUAAAUUCUAUGUCGCUCCUCUCAUUGCCUAUCACUUGAUCAACUCAACCUUCAUGAAAGUAAAUGAUGCUGACGCCAAGAAGAAUAGAAUUACUCACUUUCCAUCCAUUAUUGAGUUCUUGACAAAUUAUGCAAACCAUUCCUACAGAAUCAAGCUCAAGUGGAAUAAGAAGAAGAACGGUGGUGCUAUUACUCAAAGCUUGAAGGAAAAAUUGACAAAUUUGGUUCCAAACUACAACUGGAAUAAGGCCAAGAGUGCUCUCCGUGAAAAGUUUGGUAAGAAUUUGGAAAAGAUUGGAGGUACUAGCUUCUUCUCUGCUCUCUCUACCACUUUUGAGAAUGAAGUGGAUUUGAGAAAUAUUGACUGGUUCAUUACCAUCUAUUUGAUUGGAUCAUUGGUUGGAUCAGUUUAUGGCGUCUUGACUGCUGCAUGGAAUUGGAAGACCUAUCUUCUUUCUUUCAUUGGAUAUUAUGUCGCAGGAAUUGGUAUCACUGCUGGAUAUCACAGAAUUUUCGCUCACAGAAGUUGCUCUGCAAACUGGCCAACCAGAGUCUUUUUCAUGCUUUUGGGUACUUCUGCGUUCCAAGGUAGCGUUGUGAGCUGGAGUGCCGAUCACAGAAGACACCAUCAAUAUGUCGACACUGAUAGAGACCCUUACAAUAUUAAGAACUCAUUCUUCUUUGCUCAUAUGGGUUGGUUGUUGUGGAAGAGAGAAGUUGACACUACCAAUGCUAAGGAUUUAUUGGCUGAUCCUGUCAUCAAAUUCCAUCACGAUAAUUAUCCAGCUUUGGCUUUACUUUUAGGUUAUAUCAUUCCAAUGUGCAUUGCAGGUUUUGGAUGGGGCGAUUGGUAUGGUGGCUUUUUCAUUGCUGGAGUUUUGUCCAAGACAUUCCUUCAACACUGUACCUUCUUUAUUAACAGUUUAGCUCACUCAUGGGGAGUCAGUACAUUCAACGAUGAUCACACCGCUAAAGACUCUUACCUUGUCAGUUUAUUCACAUUCGGUGAAGGUUAUCACAAUUUCCAUCACACUUUUGCCUAUGAUUACAGAAAUGGUGUUCGUUGGUAUCAUUAUGAUCCUGGAAAGUGGAUCAUUUAUACAUUAUCUUUGAUUGGAUGGACCUUUGACCUUAAACGUUGCGAUCCAAUUCACUAUGAGAAGGGUAAGAUUAUCAUGAUGCAGAAAAAUCUCGAUGAAGAAAAGAAGCUUUACGAUUGGGGUACUCCAAUUGAAGAAUUACCAACCAAAACUUGGGAAGAUUUCGAAAAGGAUAAGAAGGAAAAGUCAUUGGUCAUCAUUGACAAUGUAGUUCAUGAUGUGACAAACUUUAUGCAUGAACACCCAGGUGGUGAAGCCAUCUUGAAGAGCUACCUUGGUCGUGAUGUGACCUCUGCCUUCCACGGAGAUGUCUACAAACACACCAAUGUUGCCAAGAACAUUCUCGCUCAAAUCAGAAUCUACAAGCUUCCUCCAAAGCAAAAGCAACAAUAA